AAGGAUGCUACCAGCAGCUUCUCAAUAAAGUCUUGGAGGAUGGAUGUGCUAAGGACAUUGAUUCUGAUGAGGAGACUGAGUUGGAGGAUAUGAAGCCUGCCUUGCGGUCUGCUGUGACUAUCCAUGAAUAUGAAUGUGGUGCUGCUUGGGGAGAUUUGCAUAGAUAG